AUGGGCGAUCUUAGGCCAAUGCCUUUAUUUAAUGUCCUAUACAAAGUGGCCUAUAACGUUUUUGCUAAUAGACUGAAAGGUGUUUUGAAUGAUGUAAUCUCAGAUUCUCAAAGUGGGUUUAUCCGUGGCUGGUUGAUUACUGAUAAUGUCAUGGUUUCUUUUGAGAUUUUACAUUAUUUGAAAAGGAAAACAAAAGGCAGGAAUGGUUACAUGACUCUAAAGCUUGACAUGAGCAAAGGGUAUGAUAGGGUAGAUUGGCCUUUUCUUUGUGCUAGUCUUGCUGCAAUGGGCUUUGGAGACCAUUGGAUUAGGCUUGUUGACUGUUUCUUUCGAACAGUGAGGUAUAAAAUAUGGUGUGGUGGGAAGGAGGUAGGGCCAAUUGUGUCUGGAAUAGGGAUUAGACAAGCUUCAGAGAGGGAAGCAAGCUAUGUUAUGGAUUUGCUUGAGAAGUUUGAAGGAGCUUCUGGUCAGAAAGUUAAUUCUGCUAUGUCUUAUGUGUUCUUUAGUCCAAAUUAUCUUGAGUCUACAAAGAUUAGUAUUUGUAAAAUGAUGGGAAUCCAGAAAGUUGGGAGAAUAGUAAGUAUUUGGGAUUACCAAGUAUGA